AUGCAGCUCCUCCAAUCCGUCACCGCGGGCUUCCUGCUCGCCGGCAGCUGCUUGUCUUCCCUGGCUACGGCUCGCUCUGUCCCUGUGCAGCAGCCCCGCGAUGUGGCCGUGAGCCACACGCCGGCCAAGAUCACCCCUAAGGUGUUCAUCGUGUCGAUGUUCGCGCCUGAGGCCGAGAUCUGGUGGGGUAUCCCCGAGUUCGAUCUGUUGGCUCACAACAUCACCAUCCCUGGCGCUUCUCCCGCCUUCCCCGAUGUCCACUGCACGGCGGACUACACCAUCUGCCAGCUCAUCACUGGUGAAUCCGAGAUCAACGCUGCCAUCACCGUCGCGUCGGUCGUCUUCAACCCCAUGUUCGAUCUGACCAAGACCUACUUCCUCGUCGCCGGUAUUGCUGGCGUCAACCCCGAGCGCGCGAGCAUCUGCGACGUGACCUUCGCCCGCUUUGCCAUCCAGGUGGCUCUGCAGUACGAGAUUGACAUGCGCGAGAUGCCCGCCAACGCCACCACGGGCUACUUCCCCCAGGGCGGCUACUACGCCGACCAGUACCCCACCAGCAUCUACGGCACGGAGGUGUUCGAGGUGAACGACGAGCUGCGCAAGAUCGCCGCCGGCUUCGCCCGCAACGCCACCCUGGCCGACAGCGACGAUGCCAAGGCCUACCGCGCCAAGUACGCCACCGAGGACGGUCUCUACCAGGCCGGCACCCAGGGCCCCUCCGUCCGCCUGUGCGACGUGACCACCAGUGACGUCUACUUCAGCGGCCGCCUGCUGGGCGAGGCCUUCGACAACACCACCAAGAUCUGGACCAACGGCACCGGCGAGUACUGCACCACCGCCCAGGAGGACAACGCCACCCUGGAGGCCCUCGUCCGCGCCUCGAAGCACAAUCUCACCGACUUCUCCCGCAUCAUCGUCAUGCGCACCGCCUCGGACUUUGACCGCCCCUACCCCGGCGAGACCGCCCGCUACAACCUGCUCUACUCCACCCAGGGCGCCUUCGAGCCCGCCGUCGAGAACCUGUACAACGCCGGUAUCAAGAUCGUUGAGGGUAUCCUGGCGAACUGGAACACCACCUUCGCCGCCGGCAUCAAGCCCCGCAACUACAUCGGUGACAUCUUCGGCACCCUCGGUGCCACCCCCGACUACGGUCCGGGCCGUGCCCAGGCUCUCGAGGAGGCCGGCGCCAUUCUCAAGAAGCGCAGCAUGGGCAAGCGCUUUAUCUUCACUCUGCCUUUUGACCUCCGCUACCCCGUCACACCUCCGGCAGAACACACCAACGACCCGAGCGCCCUUCGCAACAACGCCACGGGCACCGAUCUCGACCGGGAGGCGCUCGAGCGCCUCAAGAUCCGCGAGCUCUGCGAGGGGAUGGGGCAGCUACCGGGAUGCCGCCGAAACUACCGCUCCAUUUGCUUCGACGACGCCUACAUUGCGACCUCCUGGAAGCAAGGCCCUAUCGACGAGUUCAUUGAGGCCUUGAAGGCCGGUUUCGCCGCGGGCUCGAACUUCAUGUACAUCAUGCACCGGAGCUGCGGUGCCUCGGUGGAGGUCGACCCGGACCUGACCCGUGCGGUGUGCAAGAUGAAGACCAUCACCUGCCGCUUCACCUUCGAUGGUGUGGAGAUGAACAACGAGGCCGACUGCUGGUUCUUCUUUCUACUGGAAAAGCGUAAGGGCCGCUGGAGUGUUUGCUUCUAUACCCUGCUCUUCGACAAGGACAAAUUCGUCCCCGUCAACCUCGCCAAGACUUUUCGAUUUCUGAGGAGGAGGAGGAGGUUGAUGGGUUGCCCUUGGGUUACCGCUAUCUCGCUUGGGCGGAGGGGAAGAGUGGGCGUUCUUCCAAGCUGA